AUGGAUACAACCUUGAAAACAAACCACAUUGCAUUACAACAUAACCAUGAAAGUGAGAAAAAUGAGAUGAGAGAGACCAUGUCAGAUCUCGCCCAUCACCUGCAGUCUGAAGUCGUCAACUGGAGAAUACAAAAGAUUAUGAUAUACCACAUGACAGAUGGCUUACUACAGCAAGACCCAGAAAAAUUCAACAUUGGUUUUCUUCCGGCUAUAACCCAGCAUGAUUACCAUACAACUUCACAACUGUGGCAUUUUGACAUCUCCUGCCGUAACAACAAGCUCUUUUCCAGCCCUAAUGAGAGUGGCCACCAUGAGGACGUGCACAGAGAGACCGCGAAAAGGCAAGGUCUUGGAAGGAGCCGAGUGAUCGAUCGGUGUUUGUUCGGAAUGUCUUUUGCCCACAAAUCAUCCCUCCUUGAUACCCCAGCUGGUCUCACCCCCGUCGAAUCUCUUUGGUUCGAAGAUGGCAAUCUUAUCUUACGUGCAGAGGACUCGCUUUUCCGGAUCUACAGCGGGAUUCUAUCUGCCAGGUCCUCCGUAUUCAGGGACAUGUUCGCAUUCCCUCCACCGGCAGAAGGCAACGCCAAGAUGGACGGAUGCCCAAUUAUCGAGGUGUACGACUCCGCAGAGGACAUGACGUACUUCCUACAAGCUAUCCUUGAUUCCAGGUAUUCCUUCGUCCAUGACAAUCAACCUUGUCUCAUUCUGCCCCCCAGUUAUUUUGAGCCACCUCCCUCAGCCACGCACCUCCCCAUUAUCGCCGGAAUUCUCCGGCUCAGCGCGAAAUACGACGUCCAAUAUCUCCGUAUUCGAGCAAUGCAACAUCUCCUUACCACCUAUCCCACAACUCUUGCUGACUGGAAGGUGCGAGAUACCAAACGCACCGUCCCAGCAAUCGACAACACCCCUUUCGCCCUCCUCCUUCUCGCCCGUGAAUUCGACCUCCCCUGGCUUCUACCAUCUGUGAUGUAUUGCAUCUGCAGCCACCCAAUAGAGAAGACACUAGACGGCGUGAGCUGGCACGGAUCUCACCUUGACCUCCCAUGGAACGAUAAGCGCCUCUGCCUAAUUGGGCGCUCGAACCUGCUGAAGCAGCAGAACAAAGACGCUAUAGAGAUGGCCAAGGUACCGGGAGAUGAGGUCGAUUGUCAGGGCUCGUCGUGUAUCGCAACGCGGAUUAAGUGUGCCGAGAUUCUGUGUGACUGGGGCGUUGCGGGGAUUCUGGAUUUCGCAGAGGACAACGUCGCGUUGUUCAACUCAGGGCUUUGCAAGCCCUGCCAAUCAGCGUUUACUGGCCAGUGCGCGCUGGCGAGCGAGGGCAUGUGGCAAGCUAUACCAGGCAUGUUUGAGCUUCCGAGUUGGGACGAGUUGGAGAGACAGCGGCUGUUGGCGCUGGAGUGA